ACGGGACACAUGGUGCAGAUAGAUGGGCCGUACUGCAUGUUGCUGGAUAUCUGCCUUCAGUGCCCAGCAUAUGCUUUCCGACCCUCUAUCCUAGGAUGUCAAAGGAGAGCUUCCGGUCAAGACGUAGAUUGCUGGAUGACGACUGCCGACCCUUGCCGGCUUGCUGGGCUGAUCAGAUGUUAGUCGCCGAGAUUAGAUGGGUAUGCUGCGCUUCUAGCCCGCGGCAGUGCGGGCCUCGAGGGGUCCACGCGACAGCGAGUAUAACUAGUCUGCAAUGAGGUUUUGACACGGUAGCCUGCACGAAAGUGCAUGCUGCACCAACCGCUACAUAACCACUUCCAGGCAGCUGCAGGUCGAUCCCCACCAAACCUGCCUCACGCUCCUGCCACUACGUACUCGAUGAACGCAUCGACCAGUUUCGUCACUACCGAUAUGAUGGACUUCGACCAACAACUAUCCGAGCUCUUGGGCAGUAUGACCCUUCAGAAUGCCUGGAGUGUCGUCCCCGGCAUUGUAAAACGCGACACCAGCGUGCCUCGCACGCCGCCCACGGCGCAGGACUCCUUCAUGUCCGACGGCUCCGACUCAGAGGACUCAGCAUAUCCAGCGCCAAGUCACCCAAACACAAGUCCAAGGCAGCAGCCCGGCGCAAGCAGCGAGGCGUCCACGCCGUGCGGCUGCGGACUUCUGCAAGCCAUGCACGAACAGUUGACCUCGGGCCACUUCCCUACCACCGGCGGCGAGUAUCUGGAGGUCAUCUUCAUUCACCGCGAGGUGUUCAGCGCGUUCCCCCAGGGACACCUCGAGUGCGCGAUCGCCUUCUGCAGCCUUGCGAGCUACCUCGAGUCGAGGCCAUGGAGAGUGGACCGUGAGGGCGACGGCGAGGCCGUCGCGGCGUUCAGAUAUGAAGCAGGGGCCAUUGCGAGCAUGGCUUCCUGGAAAUAAAUCAUAGUGUACUAUUACUGGGUUUCUGGUUGCGCUGUAUCUUACGUCUUCUGUUCGGGUAUUAGCUCGUUGCGAGUCAACGUCGUCUUCGUAUUCAAUCAUCGUCUUUGUACUUGUUAUCCUGAUACCCUUGCUUGUAUCGUAUCUCAUAGUUUGAAUACCUACC